AAGAAAAUGAAAUGGGGGGCGUAAACAUAAUUUGGUGAAGCGGGAGACAAUCAGGGUUCGUUGGUUUGGAGGCAAAAUUAAAGAUUGGCGUGGAUGGUCCGAUCGCAUGGCCUCUGUACCUCCUCCUUUACAGACUCACCUUCGUCUCUCGCCUGGCCCAGGUGAGAAACCCCUAAAUCAUGAAACCCAGUUGCCAUUGGCUCCUAUUCGUAUAGUCACUCAUGCAUCUCAGCUGCCUGCUGAGUUCUUGCAGCCCUCAGCUGAAAGGCCAUUUGUCAUUGGUUUCGACUGCGAGGGAGUUGACCUCUGUCGCCAUGGAACUCUCUGUAUCAUGCAGCUUGCAUUUCCAGAUGCUAUAUAUCUGGUUGAUGCCAUUCAGGGAGGGGUGAUGCUGAUCAAUGCCUGUAAGCCUGCACUUGAGUCUUCCUAUAUCACCAAAGUCAUUCAUGAUUGCAAACGAGAUAGUGAGGCCCUGUACUUUCAGUUUGGCAUCAAGUUGAACAAUGUUGUAGAUACCCAGAUUGCCUAUUCGCUGAUAGAGGAGCAAGAAGGACGGAAAAGAUUGCUAGAUGAUUAUAUAUCAUUCGUUGGCCUCCUUGCUGAUCCACGCUAUUGUGGAAUAUCUUAUCUUGAGAAGGAAGAGGUUCGUUUCCUCCUUAGGCAGGAUCCCAACUUUUGGACCUACAGACCUUUAUCUGAACAGAUGGUCCGCGCAGCUGCAGAUGAUGUCCGCUUUCUUCUGUAUAUCUAUUACAAGAUGAUGGAGAAAUUGAAUCAACAGUCAUUAUGGUCACUUGCAGUUCGUGGUGCGCUCUACUGCCGCUGUUUUUGCAUCAGCAAUAAUAAUUUUGCAGACUGGCCAUCUCUCCCCCCUAUUCCAGAUAACCUUAAAGUGGAGGGCAAUGCUCCAGAGGAAGAAAUCCUUUCAGUUCUGGAUGUUCCUCCGGGAAAGAUGGGCCGUGUUAUCGGGAGAAGAGGAUCUUCCAUCUUGUCAAUAAAAGAGUCUUGCAAUGCUGAAAUUUUCAUGGGAAGCGAUAAGGGUCCGCCGGAUAAGGUGUUCAUCAUAGGACCAGUGAAGCAGGUGAGGAAAGCAGAAGCCAUGUUAAGGGGGAAGAUGAUGGACGUGCAGUACUACUAGAAACCCAUAAAACAAAAACGUUUAUGAUGUCCUCUUCAACCCUUUCUGUAAAAUAAAUAAAAAUACAAUCUAAUAAUUUCCGGCUGCUAUAUGUUAUUAUAUAAUUGGAGGGAUACUCGGAAAAACAAAAAUCAUUCUAAUGUAUAAUGACAUGUGAUGUACCGUUUUGUGCUCCA